CUGGAUGCAUCCUAGUGGAUCUUGUCGCAGCGCCACAGACGCGUCUCGGCACACGUGUGGACCCGGAACGCGGUCACGUUAUGCGUCCACUUCAGUUGGUGGCCGCAAGCUAUAAGAGCUGAUCUUGAGAGACCACCGCCAGCUUUCCCUGCUCUUCUCCCCCUUGCCCACUCCCCUCAGCGUGUUCCAAGCCAUGGCCCUCUACUCCUGCGAUAUCUUGGGCUGCGCUCAGCCUGGCGUUCGUCAAAAGGCGUGCCUCAUAUGCAACCGCCGUCUGUGCGCCACACACCUCAAGCCAGAGCAGCACACUUGUCCGACCUGGGAGACGGAUGAAGAUGGCUGCCAAGAAGCGUCCGCUCGCGCCGAGCGUGAAGAGAUCAACACGCUCAUUGCUCGCAUCAACAUCGGGGCCUUGACGGCGAGAGCGAGCGCUCUGCGCGGGGGCAUCCCGUGUACUGUCCCUCCGCUUGCGUACGAGCCUGACGCGCUGCUCAAGACUAUGGGUGGCAUCAACUACCACGUCAACGUCGAGUUCGAGGACGGCGUGGCAUGGUUCUGCCGUAUCCGCCGACGGAACGCGUCCUCCCACCCCGUCGAGUUGCAGAACCACGGUCUUCUCAGUGAGGCCGCGACCCUGCGUUUCCUAGCGACGACUUCUGUUCCCGUCCCGAAAGUGCACGACAUCGCCACCGAUGGCCCGGAGAACCCGGUCGGGGUCGGAUAUAUCCUGAUGGACAAGCUGGCCGGCACGCCGAUGAUAUGGGAAGACCUAAAUGACGAUGGCAAGAAAAAGAUACUCGAGCAGCUCGCUGAUAUAUUCAUCGAGUUAGCACGAUAUCCUUUCCCCGACAUCGGCUGCCUUGACGAAUCCGGCUCGCUGUCCGUCGGCCCCUUAGUGUCGGAGAGCGCUGCAAAGCGAGAUGCACUUGGGCAACUGCACCUAUUGGGACCGUUCGCACGCAACCUCGACUAUCGCAAGUCGAUCGUGAGCCACCACCUCGACAUGAUUCGCAGCAAGGAGACCUACCCUAGCAGCUCCGCCGAUGCCUAUCUGGUGCACCGCUAUCUCCUAGACUGCUUGGCGCCUCUCAUGAGGUACAGAGAAAGCGAUGAUCAAGGGAUGUACUACCUCAAGCACAUGGACGACAAGGGCGACCACAUCCUCGUAGACGAUGCUCUGAACAUCGUCGGGAUCAUCGACUGGGAGUGGGCCCAGACGACGUCGAAGCGCGAGGCGUUUGCUGCGCCCAUAUUCCUGCUCGACGUCCAGGCAUUCUACGAGGGCCGGAACGAGCUGAGCCCCGAUGAGGAGAUGCUUGCAUCCAUCCUCGAGGAUGUUGGCGCGGAGGAGCUCGCUGCGAUCGUGCGGGAUGGCCGAAUCGAGCACCGUUUGGCAUUCUGUGUCGGAGGAACUAUGGAUGACGUGGAUUCUUUCCCGGCACUCUUUGUUGGAUUCCGUCGUGAGCUGGGAUGCGCGAAGCAUGAGGACACCAAGGAAGAAUGGGAGUUCUGGCAAAAAUCUGCUUUAUCUUUCUAUAAGGACGACGCAGUGCUGCUGGAGUUGAUGCGCGAGUCGGACGGUGAGCUUUGACAAGGACGUCAAGGAUUUGGUUCGAAUGUAAGAUUGUGAUACGUCGAAAUGCUUGGUAUGACAGAGUGUGUAUAUAUAUGAUAGCCUCCGUGGAAAGCAUCACAUGGGAUUGCUGAGCUCGCUGAUCCGUCUAUAGUACUGUAUCGCCAAAAUUUGAGGAUCCCAUCGUGAUCAUAUCUAUUUUCUAUCAGGCGAAGUAUUAGUCAUGUUCACCAGCACUGCCAUCAUGCCAAGCAGAAAUCGACUCGCCUAUGAUGCUUAAUCUAGGUGGAAUGUAAUACGUCUAUGUUGAUACGUCUAAAGUCUACC